GUUACUGCACGGCCCCUGCACAUCAUUCCACUGCGAUGGAAAUUAAAUGAAGGUGGCUUAACGAACGCAUCCGAACGGAUCCAGGCAUGCUUUGAAGGAUGUAGGUGAGGUAGCGCCACUGCCAGAUCCUUUUCCACAGGCUGUGGGAUUUGUACCGCUGAUGCGAGGACACAGCGAUCACUCAGCCAUGCAGAAGCCCCGACAAGAGGACUAAUCUCUCCACCUGACUUGUGGAAGCUCCAGAUUUUUUUCUCCCUGUAUUAUUUAUCCCCACUGCUAAAGACAGUGGGACAAUGGAGCCAGCUACCUGAAGUAGAUGGUCGAUUUGUAGCCCGACGGACGGACGGACCACAGUCUGCUGCACACAUGGAUGUGUUUAGCUUUGUGAAGAUGCCAAAGCUGUCAGGCCACAGGACCAAGUCAUCAGGCUGGCAGCCUCCUGGCACCUGCAGCGGUGCACAUGGACCCCCCAAUGGAUGGGACAUGGCCACCAGUAGAGACUGCUAUGUCAACCACGUGUCCCAAAGCAGCUCCUUGGACAAGGUUCGUCUGGACGGGGACAAGUUUGUACCUCCGGCCACCCGUAAGGUGGAGAUGAAACGAGAUCCAGUCCUGGGCUUUGGCUUUGUGGCAGGCAGUGAGAAACCAGUGGUGGUUCGGUCAGUCACACCAGGGGGUCCCUCGGAGGGCAGACUGACCCCCGGAGACGAGAUCAUCAUGAUUAACGAUGAGCCGGUCAGCUCCGCCCCCAGGGAGAAGGUCAUCGACCUCGUCAGGAGCUGCAAGGAAUCCAUUGUGUUGACAGUGGUUCAACCGUAUCCAUCGCCCAAAUCUGCGUUCAUCAGUGCAGCCAAAAAGGCCAAGUUAAAGUCUAAUCCAGUGAAAGUCCGCUUCGCAGAGGAGGUCAUCAUUAACGGUCAGGUCCCGGAAUCUCUGAAGGACAACUCUCUACUCUUCAUGACAAAUGUUCUGAAGGUGUACCUGGAGAAUGGACAGACCAAAUCCUUUAAGUUUGACAGAAACACAUCCAUUAAGGAUGUCAUCUUGACCCUGCAAGAGAAGCUCUCCAUUAAGAGUAUUGAGCACUUCUCGCUGAUGCUGGAGCACAGAAACGAGGGCUCGGCCAGCAAGCUCAUGCUCCUCCACGAGCAGGAGAUGUUAACUCAGGCAACACAGAGACCAGGGGCACAGAAGAUGAAAUGCUUCUUCCGUAUCAGCUUUGUCCCGAAGGACCCCGUUGACCUCCUCAAGAGAGAUGCAGUGGCAUUUGAAUACCUCUAUGUUCAGAGCUGUAAUGACGUGGUGCUGGAGAGAUUUGGGUCAGAGCUGAAAUACGACACAGCCCUGCAUCUGGCUGCCCUGCAGAUGUACAUCCUCACCAUCAACACCAAACAGUCCCAGAAAGUCUCCCUCAAGUACAUUGAGAAGGAGUGGGGUUUGGCACUGUUCCUCCCUCCUGCAGUACUGUCCAGUAUGAAAGAGAAGAACAUCAAGAAAGCCCUAACACACAUUCUCAAAACCAACCAGAAUCUGGUAACUCCUGGAAAAAAGCUGUCAGCAUUGCAGGCCAAGGUCCACUAUCUGAAGUAUCUCAGUGACCUGAGACUGUAUGGAGGGCGGGUGUUUAAAUCUAUACUGCUGCAAGGAGAGAAGCACACAGAGGUGACUCUACUAGUGGGUCCCAGGUAUGGCAUCAGUCAUGUGAUCAACACCAAGACUAACCUGGUGGCCCUGCUGGCUGACUUCAGCCACGUCAACCGCAUCGAGAUGUACACAGAGGAGGAGAAGGAAGUCAGAGUAGAGCUUCAUGUUCUGGAUGUCAAGCCCAUCACUCUGCUAAUGGAGUCCACUGAUGCGAUGAAUCUGGCCUGUCUGACUGCUGGAUACUACAGACUACUGGUGGACUCUCGCCGUUCCAUCUUCAACGUGUUCAAAACAGGGAAUGCAGACACCGGCCAUGACUCCAGAGUAAAGCAGAAAUACCAGGCCAUAGAGUUGACGUACAGCACCUCCUUUAGGGGAUGUGAGGAGCACCAGCACCACAACAGUCAGAGCUGCACCAGAGAGCCCUGCACCAACAGAGACUCAGACUACAUGGACCCCGUCUAUAUCACUGAGAUCCAGCAGCCGCCCCAGUACAGCAUGCACAUGGCAGAGAGGGUGAAUGCCAGAGGGGGGACCAGAGGCACAACUCAUCCCCAGCCCUGCCUCUGUGUCCCCAGUGUCCCCAGUGUCACCAGGCCCAAACCCCAGGACUCCCCCCACAGCGCCAAGGUCUCCUUCAUCUUCGGGGAUCCUCCGUUAGACAGUGUGGACCCCCAGAACCUGGGCUACCAGAGGCUGAUGGAGGAGGCCCCAGAGGUUCUACACGACCACAGCCCCGUGUAUGAGCGACUAGAGGAGGACUACAAGGGCAGGGAUCACAUGGCGAUGGACGGGGAGGGAUAUCCGUACGCCGCAAAAAUCUUCGGCAACACUGAGUGCAGCGAGGAGCCGCUGCUGCACGACAUCUGCUACGCGGACAUCACAGACGCGGACGAAGACGAGGAGGACGUCAGCUGCGAGGAGGACGUGGGACCGACGGGGGAUCUGGACAGGGCUACGUUCCUCUCGCUCUCUGGGUCCAGCGAUGACAUCAUCGACCUGACCUCCCUGCCCCCGCCAUCGGAGGACGACAAGGAUGCCGAGGACGUGUUCCUUCGUUCCCUCAACCUGGCCAUCGCAGCCCCGCCCCCAGGCUUCAGGGACCGCUCUGAUGAGGACGAGAGGCACGGGGCUGCCCAGGGGCCUGUCAGGAAGAGCCAGGGGACCCGUGAUGAUAUCCCAGCGUCCCUCAUAGACUCAGUCACCACACAGGGGGAGGAGGGCCCAGAAGGGGACGGGGCCCUGGACGAUGCUGUGGUGUCCACCUUACAGGCCCUGGAGGCCCUCGCAGCUUCCGAGGAGCAAAGCCCAAAACCACAGUCAGAAAAUAGCACAGGUGUAGAAAUAUCAAGGGCAUUUAGCCCUGAGUCCUCGUCAGACUCUGGCAACGAGACUAACUCCUCAGAGAUGACAGAGAGCUCAGAGCUGGUCGCUGCCCAGAAACUCUCUGAAACCCACCUGAGACUGUAUGUGGCCACUGCUGAGGGCUACCACACUCUGACUGAGGAGAAAACAGAGUUUCCCGUAACACAGUAUGAGGACGGGGCGGACCUGGGCAUACAGCACAACCCUCAGGAGACCCAGGGGGAGGAGGAGGAGUUGGAAGAGGAAUUGGAGGAGAAGAAGGAGGAGGGGGCCAAGUCCUUGGGUGUGUCAUCCACCCAGAUCCUACACUCAGAAGGGGGAGAGAUGGAGCCAGAAACCAUUGAGACCAAGUCCCUCACCGACUACUUCAGCAAACUGCACAUGGGCUCUUUGAUGAGCAAGCAGCCAGGGAAGCACAGUGACCCUGAGGGCAGGAUUCAGGGAGAGACCAGUGACUCAACAGAAAAACGGAACAGCAACGUCCAGAUCUCAAAUAGAGGGGAGCCACCCAAAUAUAACGCUAUUGUAAGGGAAUCUCCAUACAUGAACCAAUUCGAGUUGGGGCGAACGCCGUAUCCGUAUCGAGAGAAGCCCCCAAGAUAUCACCGGCCGCCUGAAAACAAAGGGGCCAACAAUCUCUCCCCAGACUGUGUGAGUGACUCACACGCCUCCCACUCUGACAGGGCAACAAUUAAAGGAGACAAGCAGGACUGGGAUGAAAGGAGCCAGCAGUUAGACGCUCAUUCACACUCCCCUGCCAAAGACCCCCACAGUACCCAGGAAGCCAAUUUACCCAGCAGCGACCGGCAGCAGACGAGGAUCCCAUCGGCCGAGCAGGAUGUCACACGGCUAUAUGAGUACCACCUGAGUGAGCACAUGCCAUUGUUACAGAGCAACGAGGGUGUUGACUCCCUGCAGAGCUCCCAGUGCUCCUCCAUAGACGCUGGUUGCAGUACAGGAAGCAGCAGAUGUGUCACGCCCAUGGACUCUCCCCUCUGCACUGGAGAAAACACGCAUCUACUGUCGGAGUCUUCCCUUAAGGGAAUGGGCUAUAUGAGUUGGGAGGAGAAGGGCUAUGGCAGCCAAAGCCAGGGGACACAGCAAGGCAAGGCUAGACAUCAGACCAUGGACCCCACCCUGCUGAGGAAGAUCCACGCAGCCACCAGUGCCGAGCCUGGGUUCGGUACCAUGCGGGGAGAUGGCUGCCACCGGAUGCUGAAGAUAAAAGAAACCACAGUGUAGCUUGCACACAGCUGGAGACGGCUGCAGGGAAAGACUCCUCCUCAGCUCUCUCCAACGAGGUCAACGCCGCCGCCACCACCACCUCACCACCUCACCACCGUCAUUCACCAGUAGCAGCAGCACGGAGUCCAGUGUGCCCAGUGUGCCAAAGCAGCAGGGGUGCCACAAUCCUGAGACCCUCCCGCACCGCACCCAGGCAUUCCCCUCAAGCUUACACCCAUGUGACCGUAUCACAGGCAGCCUCAGGUUGUCGGAUGCUGAGGAUUUGCUGGAGCAGCCUCAUGCCGGGCUCUGGGAGCCUCGAAGCGCUGCUGGAGAAAGCAAAAGCCACUCUGAGCGGGAGGAGCGGGAGGAGCGCCCAGAGUCCAGUCACCUGACGACCCCACCAAGCCACAGAGGAGAUCUGCUCUGAGCGGGAGGAGCGCCCAGAGUCCAGUCACCUGACGACCCCACCAAGCCACAGAGGAGAUCUGCUCUGAGCGGGAGGAGCGCCCAGAGUCCAGUCACCUGACGACCCCACCAAGCCACAGAGGAGAUCUGCUCUGAGCGGGAGGAGCGCCCAGAGUCCAGUCACCUGACGACCCCACCAAGCCACAGAGGAGAUCUGCUUUUUCCAAGACACUUUCCAUGAGCUUGUCCUUGUCUCAUGGUUCAGUAUUGGUCCGUUAGAACGGUUAGCGCUCAGUCCUCUGGCAGGAGGCUCAUCAGAGGUGCCUCCAUCAUGCUGCCAGCAUCAUGGGAUGCCAAGCAGCUCUGAGCCAUGCCACUACCCAGACUGGACAGUAGGAGGUGGUGGAGGUGCCUGGAGGAGGUGCCACGGGCCCUUCACUCACUGCUUCCCCAAGAGGAAGACCAACAUGGAUGGGGACGAUGUAGAUGAAGGUGGAGAAAAAAAAAACACCCCCCCCAGCCGUUCUCUGGGGGUCGAAGGGCCCAGUCACGCCCUACCAACACAAGUGUUGAGGCAGAGAACACAAUCUCUCUAUACGCCUCUGGAGCUGAACCCUUCGCUGUGGCUGAACAGCUCAACAUGGCCAAUGGUGUGACUGUGAGUGACAUGAGUCUGGGAGCUAAGCUGGCCCAUGGGAACUCAUUGGAGGGAAGACCUACAGCCUCCCCAAUGGGGUCCCAGACACACAGAGAGAUGCCCUUUAGAUAAUGGCCCUGGUGCGCUCCAGUGUAGGCCAGGGAGAGGGCCAGAGGUCAGAGGUCAGAGGUCAGGUAGCCAGACCUGUUGGGAUUCAGCCAGCUGCUCUCCAUGGAGGCCCUAGAGCGAGGCAGCGCCUGCAGUCACAUGGCCCUGGUGCACCCUGCUCACCCUGACUCAGUUUCCACAUGCUCUGCUGUUUAACACAGGGCUGCAUGUCACUGGUGGAGGGCUUUAGCCAUGAGAGCCGGCAGCGCAAGAUGGUAGCCAAGGUGGACGAGCUGGUAGACAAGGUGGACGAGCUGGUAGCUAAGGUGGACGAGCUGGUGGCCAAGGUGGAUGAGCUGGUAGCUAAGGUGGACAAGCUGGUAGCCAAGGUGGAUGAGCUGGUAGCCAAGGUGGACGAGCUGGUAGCCAAGAUGGAUGAGCUGGUAGCCAAGGUGGACGAGCUGGUAGCCAAGGUGGAUGAGCUGGUAGCCAAGAUGGAUGAGCUGGUAGCCAAGGUGGACGAGCUGGUAGCCAAGGUGGAUGAGCUGGUAGCCGAGGUGACCAGCUGGUAGCCAAGGUGGACGAGCUGGUAGCCAAGGUGACGAGCUGGUAGCCGAGGUGACCAGCUGGUAGCCAAGGUGGACGAGCUGGUAGCCAAGGUGGACGAGCUGGUAGCCAAGGUGGACGAGCUGGUAGCCAAGGUGGAUGAGCUGGUAGCCGAGGUGACCAGCUGGUAGCCAAGGUGGACGAGCUGGUAGCCAAGGUGGACGAGCUGGUAGCCAAGGUGGACGAGCUGGUAGCCAAGGUGGAUGAGCUGGUAGCCAAGGUGGACGAGCUGGUAGCCAAGGUGGAUGAGCUGGUAGCCAAGGUGGAUGAGCUGGUAGCCAAGGUGGACGAGCUGGUAGCCAAGGUGGACGAGCUGGUAACCAAAGUGACGAGGUCAUCAUGAACUAUGUCUGCUUGGGUGUGCUGAAAUGGCUUCGGGCAGUUCCCCCGAUGACCAAAGUGGGAAUGCAUUGACACGACACUCUACCACCAUGUCUGCUAUUGUCAACACACUGAGUCGCUCACUUACAACACUCCUUUACAAGUAAACACAACAACACGGUUGUCUUUCUGAUUAGCGAUUUCAAAGCCAUACAUAAGAGACACGGGUUUAUUCGACCCAAACCAAUGUGAUCCGCUGUGACAAACCUUACCUUGUGUAUAUCUUGUUUGAUAUGUAAAGUAAAAUAAAUUAUAUGAAUCAUGAUGACACUUUUAAAAGAGAUUAUAUUCAGGCAUCUGAGAAGAAAAUAAUUAACCUUAGGGUAUAUACACUGAUAUUACUGAAGUAUACUUUUACAAAUUGAUAAUUAACUUUUUGGGGUGUAAUGUGUAGAUGGACCUCUAUUAGAUCUGUAUUAUAUUUGUAUUCAAUAUAUUAAAAGUUAUGUUACACAUGAUACAUAAAUAUAUAUAUGACAAAGAGCUCUAGACAAAUCAAUGUGCAAGACAAUACAUUUUAUUAAAUGAUACAGUCCAUUAUGACCUCAGUCUUUUUCAUUUGCUGAAUCCAACGUAGUUUAUGAAUCUUUGCACAUGAUCACUGAGUACCUUCCUGUUAUUUUAGUACUCAGCACUACUGUAACAUAUUAAAGGUUUAAAACGCUGCAACCUGA